GCUGAUGUCCUCCGCGCCCUGGCUUCCUCACUUCCCGCAGUCUCCAAGCCGGAGCCGGAAAACUUCCAGCAGCGCUGGCAGCAGUUUCAGGCGCAGCUGGGAGGCUUGUCGGACGUGCGGACUCCCAAACAUGCAGGAGCUCCGGUUGCCGCUGCUUCACAGGAACCACGUGAGGCCGCGCCGGCGGCCACGCCGACAAACGCACUGGUGGCCGAGGAGUCGCUAACGGAAGAGCCAGAGCCCGUUGUGCAAGAGCUGUCGCAGGUGUCUUCCCGCAGCAGCCGGAUGACACGGCUGGUGCCUGUUGUCAAG